AUGGAACCGGGAAAAGAGCAAGCCAACGGUAGAGGAGCUACGGAUCCAAACGACAAAAAUCGCCGCAUUUUCAAGAUCAUCGUCAUCGGGGAUUCUAACGUGGGGAAAACAUGUCUCACCUACCGUUUCUGCGGCGGGGAGUUCCCCGAGAAGACCGAAGCGACGAUUGGGGUCGAUUUCCGGGAGAAGAAUGUCACAAUAGAAGGAGAAACUGUAAAGAUUAAUCCUAUUAUUAAAUGGCAUUUAUCUCUUGUUUGUCUCCCUCUACAGUUACAACUCUGGGACACUGCUGGCCAGGAGAGAUUCCGUAAGAGCAUGGUCCAGCAUUACUACCGUAAUGUACAUGCCGUCAUCUUUGUCUACGAUGUCACGAAAAUGAGUACAUUUGAAAGCUUGCCGACAUGGAUAGACGAAUGCGACAGGCAUUCUCUUUCCCCGGAUACGCCACGCGUCCUCGUCGGCAACAAAUGUGACAUGGCGGAUAGGAAGGUGGUCACGUCGGGCAUCGCCCAGAAGUUCUCGGACGCCAACAACAUGCCCUUUUUUGAGACGGCGGCAAAAUUGGAGGAAGAGGGGGAUAAGAUCAAUAACGUUUUCAUGACCUUGGCUCACAAACUAAGAGAUCACAAGUCCAUGAUGCCUCCUCCGUUUGAUGAAGCUGAUUCAAGGGAUUCUAGGGGCAAGUCAAUCAAGCUACGACCAAAUAAAGCAGAGUUAGACGGAGACGAUGACCAACCGUCAGACAGCUCCUGUGCUUGUUAAUGAUGUAACAGCAACUCAUCGACUAACGUGUCAUCUCAACAACUUCAAAAUACUCAAAAUCCUAAAGUGCAGUAAUUAUAACUGUUUAUUUCAAAAACAGUUCUUGUAAAUAGUUGGAGAUAUAUUAUUAAUUGUAUAUAUGAUAGUUAGAAAAUUAAUGUGAUGAAAUAUACAUUGUUCUGUUCUAAAUCUCUAUUAUUCAAAUGUUUCACCAUAUUUGUAAAGUUAUUCUAAAGGGAAAGAGGAAAUUUAUUUUUUUGAAGAUUGUUGACUAUCUCAGCUUUAAAGAUAAAGUUGAGUUCUGGGAUUUGUUUCACAAAGCCUUUUU